AUGUCUACACAUUGGAAGAGCUUGGGCGUAAAAAUCCACGGACCCCCCGUAGUAGUCUCCGGUGACGACAACCGCAUCGAUAUCUUCUACCAAGGCUCCGACAUGAAAAUAUAUCACAAGUGGCGCGUCAACAACGUGUGGUAUCCUAUUGGAGAGCCCGCCGUGAAGAGAGGUGACGAAGCUGGCAACGGUAUUUCGGCCGUCGCCAGAGGACCUCGCUCCUUCGAUAUCUUUGCGCGUUCCCAAGGCACUAUCUGGCACUUGCAAUGCGAGAAUGACAUCUGGAAAAGCUGGGAGUCUCUCGAGGGUAAUGCAGUGGACAAACCUGUUGUGGUUUCGUGGGGCACCAAACGGCUCGAUGUAUUCGCUGUAUUUGCCGACCAGAAUGUAUGGCAUAGAGCAUGGAAUGGAGAUGAAUGGCAACCUUGGGAGUCCAUUGGAGGCAAUGUCAUUGGUCAACCCGGCGUAGCUGCUUGGGGUCCGAACCGUUUGGAUGUCUCUGUCCAUGGCCUCGAUAAUCAGGUUCACCACAAAUCGUGGGAUGGUAGCAACUGGAUCCCUUCCCAGACCGGAUUCGGCCCUCUCAGCGGAAAGAUCAAGGGAAACUUGCUCGAAAUCGCCGAUAUGCCGGGCCGACUUGCCCUCUAUUGCUUGGGCUUUAACAGCCCACACGGCGUUUUCACCAAGACAUUCGGAGGUGGGACUUGGCAUCCCCCUUCGAACACAUGGAUCCCAUUGGGAGGACAAUGUGUUGAUAGUGGACCACACGGAGUCUCUGCCAAAGAAGGCCUUCUGGAUUUGGUCAUACGGGGUCCCGACAAUUCUAUAUGGCAUAAGGGGUACAACGGUGUAAAUUGGGUGCCAGGUGGCGAGAGCUGGACCUCAUUGGGAGGAUCGAUGAGCAGCCCACCAGUGCUAAGUCCCAAUGGUUCAAUUAGGCUCGAGGUAUUUGCGCGUGGAACGAAUGGAGAUUUAAUGCAUUAUAGCUAG